CGCGGAACCUCUUGGAUAGCUUGCUGCCUCACCAGGAGGUCUGCAGGGCGCAACACCGCUUUGGCCAUUAGGACGGAACUAAACGCUCUCCCGCGCUAUAUGUAACCAGUGGGGGCGCGUUCGUAAUAGUUAACCAUAACGGUUUUACUGUCGAGCUUACACGGGUUCGGGCAUUACCGGUGACUUCGCUUUUGGCGCGGGGGGUGCUCUGGUUUAACCGACAACAAGGCGUAGCUCUGCAGCCUUUAGGCGCACAAGAUGGAUAGUUCUAAACUAAAGCAGAAGUCUAUUAACGCGUUCUUUGGGGGAUCGGCCAAGAAGGAUGAUGGGCCUAAGCCGACGCAACAAAAAAUCUCAGCUUUCUUUGGCGGGGCAUCGAAAGCAGCAGGGACGCCUAAGGCGGUUGCAGCUGCCAAGACCCCAGGUGCUCCCGCCGCUACUCCGCCACCUGGCUCCGCUGCUGCAGCCCCUGCCGCCGGUGUAGCAGGUCCCGCCACCACACCCGCCGGCGCCCCUCCCCCCUCCGCUGCAGCCCCUGCCGCCGCUGCCCCCGCCUCAGCCGCACCCCCCACCGCCACCGCUAAGGCCGCCAAGGUCCCGGCGGGCGGCAGCACCAGCAAACCCAAGCCCGCAAACAACGCUGCCGCUGUUUCCACACCCGCCGCAAACGGUAACAAAGCCAACAAGGCUAGCAGCGCCAAGGGCGAUGCUAGCGGCAAGGCGGCAACCAAGAAGGAUGCCAGUAAGGGCGGCAAGGCAGCGAAGAAGGCUCCAGGGAAGGCGGCGGGAGGCGGGCUGAAGCGCCUCCGUCGGACGAUCAUUGAGGACGAGGAGGGGGCGGAUGCGGUUGCUGAUGGGCUGGAGGACGAUGUGGGGGAUAACGAGGAGGAGGAGGAGGAGCAGACGGAUGGCGAUAGCGAGUAUGAGGCGGGAGCCAGCGGCGGCAGUGAUGAGGACUUUUCCGCCGAGGAGGAGGAGGAUGACGACGAGGAGGAGGAGGAGGAGGCGAGUGAGAGCGACGGAGACGACAACGUGGGGGUGGGCGGUAAAAGGAAGAGGCCGCCGACCAAGUCCUCGGCUCCAGCCAAACGCGCCCUGGGCUCCUCCGCCAAGACCAAGACCCAGACACGAACCGCCGCCGCCGCCACCACUCCGGCGGGCAGGGCCGCCGCCUCUGCCGCCAACGCCGCCUCCGCCGCCGCCCACACCCCCGGCGGCGCCCGUACCCCCCUCGCCGCCGCUCACACCCCCGGCGCCGCCGCCGUCACCCCGCAUCACGGUACGGCAUCCAAGGGCCCCGCCUCCGCCACCGCCGCCGGCGGGGGCGGCCGCUCCGUGGUUAGUACCCCGGGCACGGUGGCUCCCCCCGGGCAGGCGGGGGGAGGGUACGGCAGCAGUGCGGGGAGGAGUCGGGGAGGAGGAGGAGGAGGAGGAGGAGGAGGUGCGGUGACUCCCUCGUCGGUUCGCAGCCUGAGUAGCGCCCUGGGGGACACCCCCAGCAAGUCACAAGCCACCUCCGAGGUGACCCUGGGUGUUGCCGCCUGCACGGACGGCGAGGCUGCCCGCUUCCAGGAGCGCAUGUCCUCCCGCUUCCCCUUCCUGCAGCCGGAGCAGCUGAGGGACGCGCAGCAGCGGCGGCCCGACCACCCGGAGUACGACCCGGCGACACUCUACAUACCGCCCAGCUGGUUCAAGGAGUACAAGAUCAGCGAGGGGCAGCAGCAGUGGUGGAACUUCAAGUCGCGGCACUUUGACGCGGUGCUGCUCUUCAAGAUGGGGAAGUUCUACGAGAUGUUUGAGAUGGACGCCUACGUUGGCGUGGAGGUGCUGGGUCUCACCUUCAUGCGGGGGGAGCAGCCGCACGCGGGCUUCCCCGAGGUCAAGUACGCGGACAUGGCGGAGCGGCUGGCCAGGGCGGGGUACAGGGUGGUGGUCAUUGAGCAGACUGAGACCCCCGAGAUGCUGGCCAAGAGGAACGAGGAGCGCAAGAUGCGGGGACUGAAGAUGUGUAACGUGGUGGACCGUCAGAAGGUUGCAGUGCUGAGUCGCGGCACGCUGGUGGAUGCGGAAAUGGUGGCGUCACGACCGGAUGCGUCGUACGUGCUGGCGGUUGCGGAGGUGGAUGUGGAGCAGCAGCAGCAGCAGCAGGAGGAGGCCCCAAGCGGCGGUGGCGGUGGCGGGGGUCGGGUGCGCAUCGGUCUGUGUGCAGUGGACGCGGCUUCGGGCCAGGUAUUGGUGGGUGAGUUCGAUGAUGACGAGGUGCGCUCCACUCUGAGGACACAGCUCACCGCACUGCAGCCGCAGGAGCUGGUGCUGCCCCGCAAGCCGCUCAGCGCCACCACCUCGCACGUGCUGCGGAACGGCACGAGAGACCCACGGGUCAAUGUGUUGCGCGGCCUGGCCGGAGAGUGGAGCGCGGAGAAGACCUACCGGUUCCUCCGAGACCGCAACUACUUCACCGCCAGUGCCGCCGCAGCCGCGGAAGCAAGCAACGGCGCCUAUGGGACCGACCCAUGGGUCACUGCUGGCGCUGACGCCAUGGAUGUGGACACCUCUGCUGCUGAUGCUGGUGCUGCCGCUGGUCCCGAGGUUGACGCCUCCCUGCGGUGGCCCGCGCUGCUGCGGCGGCUGGUUGCGGGCGGGGUGGAGUCGCACCCCGCAGCGAUGGCGGCCCUGGGGGGAGCCAUUGCCUUCCUCAGGGACUGCCUGCUAGACCUGGCGGUGAUCCCUCUGGGUCGCUUCGAGGAGCUGCCCGCCCUGCAACCGGCAGCAGCAGCAGGGGGGGCCGCAGCAGGGGAGGCGGGGGGUGCUGCCGACCCCCGGCAUGCGGGCCCGCUGUACAUGUCGCUGAACGGGGCGGCGCUGGAGAACCUGGAGAUACUGGAGAACGGGGACGGGGGAUCGGCAGGCACCCUGCUGUCUGUUCUGGACCACUGCACGACCCCCUUUGGCCGGCGGCGGCUGCGGCAGUGGUUGUGCCGACCCCUGGGUCGCAUCGCGGACAUCCAGGCGCGGCAGGCGGCGGUGGCGGCGCUGAUGGGGGGCAGGCUGGGGGAGGCGGCGGGGCAGGCGAGGAAGAUGCUGGCGGGUGUAUCCGACCUGGAGCGCGCCCUGACCCGGCUGCACGCCUCCACCGUGGAUGGCGCAUGCGGGCGGGACGCGGCACACGUGGUGUUGUACGAGGACGCGGGGCGGCGGCGGGUGGCGGCGCUGUGGGGGGCGCUGCGGGACCUGCGGGCGG